CGUCGUCAUGACUGCAGUCUACCCAAUGAGUCUAGCAUUAGCUACCUAGCAGCUGCAGUAGCAGAACCACAGCACGCCCAUCAAAACCUCUGAACUUCCAGUUCCAACCAGCUAUCAUAGAAGAAAAGGAAAGCACCAUAAUGGAGGCAACAUCUUCCCAGCUGGACCCAGAUCUAAUAAGGGAGGUUCUUGAAUGCCCUAUCUGCCUGGAGACCUACAACCAGGAUCAAAUGAGGCCCAAGCUCCUGCAGUGUGGUCACACAGUGUGCCGGCAGUGUCUAGAGAAGCUGUUGGCUAAUACUAUAAAUGGUGUGCGCUGCCCCUUCUGUAGCAAGGUGUCCCGUAUGAGCAGUAUCUCCCAAUUGGCCGAUAAUCUCACUGUGCUCAAGAUCCUAGAUUGUACUACAUCCUGCAGUGCUGCUACUGCUGCCCUAAUGUGCAAGUCCUGCUGCAACCGCCUGCCACGACAGUACUGCCAUGAUUGUGCUACAGUCCUCUGUGAGCUCUGUAAAGGUGAGGGCCACCUGCAUCAAGGCCAUUCAGUCCAGCCAAUUAGGGUGGCUGCUGAACAGCGUCGUAAAGAACUUGGUGGAAAGCUGACUUCUCUGCGUGAUGUAAUGGGCGAUAUUCAGAAGAAAAAGACAGCUAUUGAAAACAUCUCCAAGUCCUUGAGACUAAAGUACCAGGCAGUGCAGCAGGACUAUACUUCAGCUGAGCUACGUCUUCAAGAGGAACUCAGCAGGUCUCGAAGGACAUUCACAGCUUCCAUGGCAGAAGUGGACAAGCUUAAUGGACAAGUCCUGGAGGAGCAGACAUAUCUCCUCAACAUUGCAGAGGUAAAAGUGGUGUCACGCUGUGAUUAUCUGAGAAUGCUGGUGAGGCAGAGCGAUAUUGCUUUGCUAAAGGAUGAUGGCGAAGGCAAUGAUGAUGAAGAGCUGGAUUUAAGGAGCAGCUUGCCCAUCAUGUUUCAGCUGCAAGAGCCAGAGCUGGUCAGAACAGAGCACUCUAAACCUGUAGAAGUGGGCCAAGUGACCACAAAUACUUAUACUGUCAAUACAGAGGAUGAGGAGAGUGGUUUGGAGAUAGCACUUGAUGGUUAUGUAGAGAGUGAAGCUGGUACAAUAGGGGCUACUGGUGGUGGAAGGGGGGCAAUGGAUCAUUACCGAGAUAUUGACAUGCUUGCAGCUGUAGAGGAUGCAGCAUGUGGUUCACCAGGCAGCUUUAAGUCAAAGUCUAUGGAUGCAGGUGGGGGAUCACCUGGAGGAGCUGAGGCAAGUGCAGGGCCGCCAGUCUGCCAGUUUGUGAAGAAGAUGGGCUGCAAGGGAACAUUACCUGGCAUGUUCAAUUUACCAGUCAGCAUCUGUGUAGCACAACAAGGUGAGGUCCUGGUGGCUGACCGUGGCAAUUACCGCAUCCAGAUAUUUAAUCGCAAAGGUUUCCAGCGUGAAAUCCGCCGCAAUGCCAGUAGCAUUGACAACUUUGUCCUGAGCUUCCUUGGGGCUGAUCUGCCUAACCUCAUCCCCUUAUCCAUUGCUGUCACUCCUCAAGGCCUGAUUGGGGUCACUGACAACUAUGAUAACUCAGUUAAAGUCUACACUAUGGAUGGACACUGUGUGGCUUGCCAUAAGAACCAGCUGAUUAAACCCUGGGGCAUUGCUGCAAUGCCAUCAGGUCAGUUUGUCGUGUCAGAUGUGGAAGGUGGCAAGCUGUGGUGUAUCACAGUGGACCGCAAUCUAGGUGUGGUCAGCUACAAUCGAUUGUGCUCUGCUGUACGGCCAAAGUUUGUGACAUGUGAUGCGGCUGGAACAGUCUAUUUUACCCAGGGCCUAGCCCUGAACUUUGAAAAACGUCACAAUGAGCCCCAUCUGGAAGGUGGCUUUUCUAUUGGCUCAGUGGAUACAGACGGCCAGCUAGGCAAGCAGCUCAGCCAUUUCUUCUCAGAGACAGAGGACUUCCGCUGUAUCACCGGCAUGUGUGUGGAUGUCAAUGGGGAUUUGCUAGUAACGGACAGUGGCAGGAAAGAAAUCCUCCAGUUUCCCAAAGAAGGUGGAUACAAAAUUCUUAUCCAUGAAGGGCUGACCUGCCCUGUAGGAGUGGCCACCACCCAGAAAGGACAACUGCUUGUGCUGGAUUGUUGGGACCACUGUGUCAAAGUCUACACAUACAUUCAGAGGAGGCACUCCUCUACUUCAUAGAGGACCUGUCCAGUCUUUCUGCACAUAAAAGGUUUAGUGUAUGUGUUGGUAGGUGUGUAUAGAAAUUUGGAAAAGGUUAUCAGUCACUUUAGUUUGGCUGCAUUCCAAACAAGUCUCACUCCAGCAUUCAUUGAGUUAAUAAAUUAAUAUUCUAGUCAAUUUGGUUUAAAACCCACUGACUUUCAAUUGAAUACCUCAAAUUAAAAAUAUGCUACUUAA